AGGCGGGCACAGGACCGGCCUUCCCUCGGCCUUCCUUCCGCCUCCUUCCGCCGCUUCCUUCCGCCGCAGCCCCGCACUCUGCCGCCAGUUCCGCCGCCAAGAUGAUCCCUCCGGUGCAGGUCUCGCCCCUCAUCAAGUUCACCCGGUACUCGGCGCUGCUGAUGGGGAUGAUCUACGGCAAGAAGCGAUACGACUACCUAAAGCCUAUUGCUGAGGAGGAGAGGAGGAUAGAGGCGGCGGAGAAGAAGAAGCGCGAGGAGCUCGAACGGAUUGCAAAGGAACUGGCAGAAGCAUCUGAAGAUUCCAUUUUGAAAUGAACAGAGGAUUGGAUCUCAAUUUUAGAUACAUGGCUAGGCUCUGAAUGGUGUAGUGGUUGAUGGUCUCUGCAUGUUACACUAUCAAUAAAGUACUUAACAACACUU